UUGCUGGUCACUGUCAUCAAUUUCUUGAACCGAUGAAUUACUAUCAUCAAUAUUAUCAAGAUUUGCAAUACAUAAAUGGUCUAGUAGUUCCUGUUGAUUUACAUAAUCUUCAUUUUCAUGCAGAUCAUCAAACGGUAGUCCAUUCUACACAUAAUAUUCAUGUGUCAAAAUACAUAUAUAUACAAAUUGCAAAUACUUAACAUAUAAAGAAAAACAUAUGUCAAUAAAAUUAUAACUUCAAAAUUCAUGUAAGUAAAUCAAAUAUUACAAUUAUAUUUUAGAAAAUGCAAAUUUAUAAUUAUUUAUUAUGUACUUACACGUGCAUCAGGGGACAUAACCUCUUCAUUGUAUGUCGUUCUCUUGCCCGUACUACAUUCACCAACACCAACUCGUCUUUUCUUUCGAGAAUAGUCUGUCGAUAGAGGAAGGUCGCCAGUCCUUUUCAAAUGUUCUUUAUAAGGGCCUCGUUUCAUUAUUCUCAAUACUUCGUUUCAAAACCAUCGAUGUAAUGUAUACAAAAACAUAGAGCCACGUGAUAACGAGGUGAUAUGCAAACUGUUGCGCGUUGAGCAUGCGUUGUGGAACGCAUGCGUACGCGCAUAAGGAUAACGCGAUAAACCAGAAAGAAUCAUACUCGCGAUACGAUCGUGCUAACAAGGAAUUCGGAGGAAUUUGGAAAGUAUAGAUAAUUAUAGUAUUUAUCGGAUAAUGGAGGUGAAUGACACAGAGGAGUUGAACGAUGAAAAGUGUAUUCUCGUAGAGUUUCCUAACGAGAACGGAAAUAUAGCCGUUGGAUAUUUCGCAUGGCUAACAACAGUGAAAGAAGAAGAACGUGUAAAUGCACUUAUAAAAAGCGGUGAACAUGUAGUUAUUCGUUGGCCGGCGAAUUGCAUCGUUGGUCCACUGAAUGCAAAAAUGAAGAAAAAAUUUCUUAAUUGCAAGUGGACUCCGCACAUCGUGUCCAUUUUAGGAUUUGGAGAUUGGACAAGCAUGAACACGCAGCUUAAAAAUUAUCUUAAAUAUGAUGAGCCAAAUCCAAUGAAGGAAGAUAGGAAGAAGUAUGCUGCUAAGAAGAAAGGCAGCAGUAGUAGUGAAGAGGAUGAUAAAAGAAGAAUUAAGGUAUGA